GAUAAGGAAGAAGAAGCUCCUUCCUUGUCUCUCUGUCAUACUCAAAUGGCGGUAACCUCCUCCUCUUUCGCAUUCGAACAUAAUCUCUCUUGUCUCCAGAAAGGCUCCAAGGAAGUAGAACAACUGAAGCAAAUCCACGCUCGGAUGCUCAAAUCUGGACUGUUGCAGGAUCCAUAUGCAAUUACAAAGUUUCUUUCUUUCUGCCUUUCCUCCACUUCUUCGUCUUAUUAUGCCCUCCAUGUUUUUCAAGGUUUCGAUCGACCCGAUACUUUCUUGUGGAACCUAAUGAUCAGAGGCUUCUCCUGCUCUGACCAACCCCAGAGGUCUCUUCUUCUCUAUUACCGCAUGCUCUGCUCUUCCGCUCCUCAUAACGCCUACACGUUUCCCUUUCUUCUCAAGGCCUGUUCCAACCUCUCUGCUCUUGAAGAAACAAAGCAAAUUCACGCACACGUUACCAAAUUUGGCUACGGGGAUGAUGUUUACGCCGUGAAUUCUCUGAUUAAUUCAUACGCUGUCACCGGGAACUUCAACCUAGCUCACCUUCUCUUCGACAGAAUCAAAGAACCCGAUGUUGUCUCGUGGAACUCGUUGAUCAAAGGUUACGCAAAAUCUGGGAAUAUGGACAUUGCAUUAACGUUAUUCAGGAGAAUGCCGGAAAAGAAGAACGCUAUAUCAUGGACUACGAUGAUCUCUGGGUACGUUCAAGCAGGCAUGAACAAGGAAGCUCUGCAGCUAUUUCAUGAAAUGCAGAAUUCAGAUGUUGAGCCUGAUAACGUUUCUCUAGCUAACGCUCUCUCAGCUUGUGCUCAGCUCGGGGCGCUCCAGCAAGGCAAAUGGAUCCACUCCUAUGUUAAUCAAAGAAGAAUCAUAAUCGAUUCUGUUCUGGCUUGUGUUCUUAUAGAUAUGUAUGCAAAGUGCGGCGAAAUGGAAGAAGCUUUGGCGGUUUUCAAGAAUGUGAAUAGAAAACCAGUGCAGGUAUGGACAGCUUUGAUUUCCGGUUAUGCGUACCAUGGCCAUGGGAGAGAAGCAAUUAGCAAAUUCUUGGAUAUGCAAAGGAUGGGAAUCAAGCCUAAUGCCAUCACUUUCACUGCGGUUCUCACUGCUUGCAGCUAUACAGGACUAGUCGAAGAAGGAAAGUCGGUGUUCUACACCAUGGAGAGAGAAUACAACCUGAAACCGACGAUCGAGCAUUGUGGCUGCAUGGUUGAUUUACUCGGUCGAGCUGGAUUGCUUGAUGAAGCAAAACGUUUCAUUCAGAAGAUGCCUCUGAAGCCAAACGCUGUUAUAUGGGGUGCGUUGCUCAAAGCCUGUCAGAUUCACAAAAACAUUGAGCUGGGAGAGGAAAUUGGAGAAGUACUGAUUACAAUGGAUCCAUAUCAUGGUGGGAGAUAUGUCCAUAUGGCAAAUAUUCAUGCUAUGGGGAAAAAGUGGGACAAAGCAGCGGAAACAAGAAGACUGAUGAAGGAACAAGGAGUCGCAAAAGUUCCAGGUUGUAGUACAAUAAGCUUGGAAGGGACCACACACGAGUUCUUAGCAGGAGACAGAUCGCACGCGGAGAUUGAGGAAAUUCGAAAUAAAUGGAGAACCGUAAGAAGGAAGCUUGAGGAAAACGGGUACGUACCAGAGUUAGAAGAUACGCUGCUUCAUCUAGUUGAUGAUGAGGAAAGAGAGGCUAUUGUGCAUCAGCACAGCGAGAAAUUGGCUAUUACAUAUGGGUUAAUGAAGACCAAACCGGGAACAACGAUACGUAUAAUGAAGAAUCUCCGAGUGUGCAAAGACUGUCACAGAGUAACAAAACUCAUCUCUAAGAUAUACAAGAGGGAUAUCGUUAUGAGAGAUAGGACAAGGUUCCAUCAUUUCAGAGAUGGGAAAUGCAGUUGUGGAGACUACUGGUGAAAUUUGAAGGGAAAAAAAAAACACUUUUAUUGCUUAAGAAAAUGGAUCCACUCGACAUUA